AACACGCUUCUACAGAGAGAACCAGGUUUCCAAUUGGUGCCAACACAUGGAACCGAAGUGAAACCAUACUCCCUAAUUUUAAACAUUUGAGAAACGGGGCUCAGAUCAUCAAGAUGAAAGCUGUCAUCUUUGUAGCUGUUGGAACACUGCUUCUGUCACCUGCUUCCUGUCAAAGUGGCAUGGAAUGUGAUGCAGACAACUUGGCAAAGCCAACCUUACCUAUUAAGACCUUCCGUGGAGCUCCCCUGAAUUCUUUUGAAGAGUUCCCCCUUUCUGCCAUAGAAGGCUGGACAGGAACCACCACAACUGUAAAAAUUAAGUGCCCUGAAGAAAGUGUUUCAAAUCUCCAUGUGAAUAAUGCUACCAUGAGGUACCUGAGCAGCUCUUUCAGUACCAGACUGAUACCUGCCAUCUACAUCCUGGUGUUUGUAGUAGGUGUGCCAGCCAACGUGGUGACCCUGUGGAUGCUCUUCUUCAGGACCAGAUCCAUCCGUAUGAACAUCUUCUACGCCAACCUGGCCAUUGCAGACUUUCUUUUUUGCGUUACACUGCCCUUUAGAAUAGCAUACCAUCUCAAUGGGAACAACUGGGUAUUUGGAGAGGUCGUGUGCCGGGCCACCACAGUCAUCUUCUAUGGCAACAUGUACUGUUCCAUUCUGCUCCUCGCCUGCAUCAGUAUCAACCGCUACCUGGCCAUUGUCCAUCCUUUCACUUACCGGGGGCUGCCCAAGCGCACCUAUGCCUUGCUAACGUGUGGACUGGUGUGGACAACGGUUUUCUUAUAUAUGCUGCCAUUUUUCAUUCUGAAGCAGGAGUACUAUCUUGUCCAGCAGGACAUCACCACCUGCCAUGAUGUCCACAACACGUGCGAGUCCUCGUCUCCCUUCCAACUCUACUACUUCAUCUCCUUGGCAUUCUUUGGAUUCUUAAUUCCAUUUUUGGUCAUUAUCUACUGCUACACAGCCAUCAUUUGGACGCUUAAUGCAAAAGAUCGUAGGUGGUUGUGGUAUGUUAAGGCGAGUCUCCUCAUUCUUGUGAUUUUUACCAUUUGCUUUGCUCCAAGCAACAUCAUACUCAUUAUUCACCACGCAAACUACUACUACAACAAUGCCGAUGGCUUAUACUUCAUCUAUCUCAUAGCUUUGUGCCUUGGUAGCUUGAAUAGUUGCCUAGAUCCAUUCCUUUAUUUUCUCAUGUCAAAAAUCACGGAUCACUCCACGGCUUACCUUACAAUGGUGAAAUCAUCUUAGAGAACAAGGAAAGCUAUGUGUGAAAACACACACUCUUGGGAUAACAUAUGUAUACUGCAAGGACCUCUAUUCUCUAGCUCCAUUUGUGAGCCCCUAAGAAAUGGUGUUUCAAAAUAAAACAUUACAUAAACAGUAACUUAAAAAAAACCUAUCAGUAUUUUAAGAAUGAAAAUUCAGGAGAAAAGAUAUCUCUAUCUGCCUGACUGGUACUUCAAGUUCUUUAAAUCUCCAUCUUCCCUACUUCUAAGAGGUUUCUAUUCUAGAUGAUCUGGAGGAGGAGGAUGGAAUGGGGGGCAAGGGUGC